AAUGACGUAGUUGAAAAAAUCAACAAUACCCCUGAUAAUGCACCUGCAUCUCAAAGACGUGAAGAACUUCGAGCUCAACUUGAUAGACUUCGUGGAAAACAAGCCGAAAUGAAAAAAAAACGUUAUCAAAAAGUUGAUCUACUUAAAAGUAUGAAUGAUUCUUUACAAAAAAAGAAAAAGGAUCUUAAGGCUCAAAAGGAUAAGCUUCAAUUUCGAACUGUCAAAGAUAUUGAUAAUCAGAUUUCAAAAUUAGAAAAGCAAGUUGAAUCUGGCACUUUAAAAAUUGUUGAUGAAAAGAGAAUUAUUUCGGAUAUAUCCGGUCUUAAAAAGUCAAGGAAACUUGUCGAAACUUUUGAAGCGCAACAAGCUGCCAUUGAUGCCGAACAAAAAUCGAUUGACGAAAUGAGAAAAGAUCUUGAAGACAAUGAAUUAAAAGAAGCAAACGCACAGUACGAUAAAAUAAAAGCAGAACUUGAAACAAUCAACAAAGACCAAGCUAUGGAUAGAGAAAAGAGGAAUGAAUUAUUUGAUGAGAAAAAGAGAAUACGUGAACAGAUUAACACUCAAUUUGCCAAUAGAAGAGCCAUUCAAGAUGAAUAUAACAAGGCCAAACAGGAAUAUUGGCAAAGGGUGGAUGAAGAUCAAGAAGCAUCCUUUCCAGCUUUCCAAGAAGAUAUCCAAAUUUGUGAAAAUCUUAUUUAUUACUUUCAGACUCACCAUGGAGUUGGUAAAACUGAAGAAGUAGUUUCUAAUUCAAUUGUCAAUGAUAGUAGUCAGCCUGAUACUACUUCUAAUAUACGUCAGCCUGAUACUACUUCUAAUGUUCCAGAAGGAUGUGUUUCUUUAGCAAAAAAAUUUGAGGAUGAAGAUGAUCUUUUUGGGGGUAAAUUAUCCAAGAAGGUUAAGUCUCAAAAGAAAAAAAAACCUAACAAGACUAAUGGGUUUCAACUCCCUCUCAGUAUUAUGGAUCAGUUGAUUUUAGUUAAAGUUGCAAUUCCUCUUAGUCCUUCCGAUGUCGAAAAAGUCGUUAAUGAACUUACAGAAAAGAAAGACUACUUCGUCAAAAACCAAGACCGCAUAACCAAAGAAAACAUUGCUAAAGCUGAGGAAGAGAUUGCCGCUUUGGAAGGCAAGGGACAUAAUAAAAAAGUUGAUGAUGAAAAAUUAAAUGAAAAAAAUUCAUCAGAAGUCGUUGAAGAAAGUUCAGAAUUAAAUAAUGAGGUAAAAGGAGAAUUACUGGAAAUACUUAAUAAUGUGUACAGCACUGGCAAAUAUCCAACUAGCGAGGUGGACUUUAGUGAAGGUGGACAAUAUUCACAAAUUCUGACCCCAGGUCAAGCUUAUGAUGUUUCAAUUGAUUUACACGUUCCUGCAUCUGACAGAAACAUCGGUUUGGGAAAUUUUAUGAUUAGCCUAGCGCUUUGGUCUAGUGCUACUAAUGACACAGUUAUAACAUCAAGUAGACCCUGUAUUCUUACGUAUCAAUCAAAUUUGCUCCGAGUAUUUUCUACUAUGUGGCGAUUGAUUCCUUUGUUGGCGGGAUUUACUAAAGAAGAUCAAAGACUAGAAGUCAUCAUGAUAGAAAACAUGAUUGAGAAUUUUGAUGCCCCAAUCACAAAGGCAUUCAUUGGUGUUCACAAUCCUGAACUCGAG